AUGUUUGGUAUACAACCAUUAGCUUCAUUGAAAUUUUCAAUACCAACAGAAAAUUAUGAAAAUAUAAUUAAUCAAAAGCAUAAUCAUUAUUCUAAUCCAAAUUCACCAACAUAUAAUCCAUUAACACCUGAUCUUACCAGACUUAAUAUAUCUACUACAAAAUUUAUUAUUGUUUCUGCUUUUCAAGGAACAGAAUACCCAUUUGAAUUUUGUCAUGACUUUUCAACUGCUCUUCAACAAUCAAAAACAAGUAUAAAAGAACAAAUUUUAGAUUUUGUAGUUUCUAAAGAUGGACCAUGUUCAUUAAUGAUGGAAAAAAAUGCUUGCAAAGUUUUUCAUUGUAGUGUAGCUGAUCUCAAUACUGUGAUUUUAGACAAAAACAAUAUACAAAGAUUAAAAUCACUUUGGUAUUUUUUACAACAAACAAUAUUACCUAACAUCAUUGGUUUAUUACAUCCAUUAAAAGAAUUAUUUAUAGACUUUAAGGAACGUAAAAUUUUGUACACACAUUUUCGCGAUAAAGUAUGCUUGAGAUUAUUGAAAAAUAAUAAAAGAAAAAUUAAAAGUUUACGUAGUAUGAUAAAAGUUUUACUACAUGAUACGGAAAAACAAUCAUCAUUAUAUGACGAAUUUAAUAGACUCGCAUCAAUUGUUCUAGAUGCAGGUGAUGACUUGACAUUAAGUGAAUGUAGUACAGAUACAGCCAAAAAUAAUCUUAGUUUGGCGGCUCCAAAUUUUAAUGAAGUAAUGAAAGUUGCAAAUAAUGAAAUAUUUUUCCAACACUAUAAUGAAGAAGUUGAUGAAAAUAAAAACAUUAAAAAAGUAAUGUGUAUAUCUGAUAAUAUAUUUGAAAUGAUCUCAAUGGAAGUAUCAAUUUGA